AUGGCCGACAACGCGGGAUCCUCUUCCUCCCCCAUGGGCACCGCCGGGAGAUCCACCAUGGCCAGCGGCGGCGGGAGAUCCACCGGCUACUCUUCCAUCUCCGGCGGCCGCGAGAUCCACUCGCACUCUCCCCCGACGCGCGGGCCAACCGCGCGCUCGCGGUGGCGCGGACGCACGCACUGGAGCCGUGCCAUCCUCGCGUCCCGCCGCCGCCGCCUCCAUGCCACGCACCGCGCGCGCCUCUGCGCCCCAGCAUCCCAGAAGCCCGCUUCGCGCCACGACUCCUCCGCGGUGGCGGCGAAGGGCACCGCCACAACGCCGCCUCUGGCGAGGAAGGCCAAGGUGCUGGGUCGGCUGGUGCCCGGCUGCCGGAAGCUGUCAUUCCCGACGCUCCUCGCCGAGACCAUGGACUUCAUCGCGAUGCCGUGCCGAGGUGGAGUCCGGGAGGAGAGGAGACUCGCGGCAGGGGCAACACGGCGGUUCCCGAGCGGCGGUGGGGAAGACGAGUCGGGGGCAGAAUAG